CUGCGGGUCCUCCCCACUUCCUGCCGCACUUGCACUCCGCCGCCGUCAUGCCGCCCUACACCAUCGUCUACUUCCCGACCCGAGGGCGCUGCGAGGCCCUGCGCAUGCUGCUGGCCGACCAGGGCCAGAGCUGGAAGGAGGAGGUGGUGACCAAGGAGUCCUGGUUGCAGGGCCCACUCAAGGCCUCCUGUCUGUACGGGCAGCUCCCCAAGUUCCAGGAUGGAGACCUCAUUCUGUACCAGUCCAAUGCCAUCCUGCGACACCUGGGCCGCUCCUUUGGGCUCUACGGCAAAGACCAGCGAGAGGCGGCGCUGGUGGACAUGGUGAAUGACGGUGUGGAGGACCUCCGCAGGCACUGCAGCCGCAUCAUUCAUCGCGGCCACAUGAGCAGGCCGGGCUUGCACUCAGGGCCGGCGCUGGGGGGCCGCCCGGGCCGCCACGGGCAGCGCUCCCUUUCACAGGAGGAGGACAAGGCCCAGUAUGUUCUGGAGCUGCCGGGGCACCUGAAGCCUUUUGAGAGCCUGCUGUCCCAGAACCGAGGGGGCCAGGCCUUCAUCGUGGGCAACCAGAUCUCCUUCGCAGACUACAACCUGCUGGACCUGCUGCUGAGUCACCAGGUCCUGGUCCCCGGCUGCCUGGACUCCUUCCCCCUGCUCUCGGCCUACGUGGCCCGCCUCAGCGCCCGGCCCAAGCUGCAGGCCUUCCUGGCCUCCCCGGAGCACGUGAACCGCCCCGUCUUUGGAAGCCGCAAGAUAUGAACCCGCUUGGCCUCCCCUGGCAGACGGGCUGCCCUUGGGACCAAUAAACACGGUGAGUAAACUGAGGUCAGAGCUGGAAUUUGCACCCAGGCAGACUGCCUGCCAAGCCUACAUUUUUCCCUAAAAGCCCCAGAAAAUGCUCUCAAACGUGCUCUGGACGAAUCUAGUCAUCAACGAAGUGGUUAUUUAAAAUGUUAAUGUCAGCACAAUGUUAACUAUCCUGAUUGCAGUCAAGUCAAAGCCACGGGAAUUUUAGAAGCAAGAGUACAGGUCACGUCCAGCCACUGGCCUGCUUUGCUGUUUGCUUUCAUGGCUGAGAGGCUGGAAACCAGCUCUGCAAACAUGCGGAGAUGAAACCAGGGGGAGCGUGAACACCUGGGAGGCUCCACUCACCGACCCUAUGGAGACGUUUACCCCCAAGAACUGCUGAGGGUUUGUCCAGGAAGUGCUUUCGGCAACAAAACUCGAACUCCACAUCUUCCCAUUGGAAGACUUUGUUUGGACCGGGGGUGCCUUUGCAUCUCCAGAUGGGAUUUUCCACAAGGUCAGGAAGGUAGCCCAGGAUCCCGCGAGCUUUGCUUGCUGUCCCUUCAAUCUAUUUGCAUAAGCCGUGUUCUUAAGAGAAGCACCCAGGGGAGAAAAUAAAACGAAGGCUUUUGGCUCACCCA